CACAAAAUCUAUACAUAUAUAUACAUAUACACUGUGUGCUCAGCCAUAGGAUGUACAUACUUCGCUCCGCAUUUGGGACCUUACUCGAAGCCGGGUUGGAAUUAAGAUACGCUGCUCUCACGUCAGCUUCGGCACAACUACCCGAUAGAAACUCUAGCAGGCUUGUCGGUCGAGACAGUACGUGAGCAACCAAAUUACCGGCGUUACGCAGCGAUAUUUUCUUUCGUCCUUUCUCUACAAUGAUUAUCGAGCAUAUCCGUCUAGACUUGGCACUCUCGCAUGCAUCAGCUAUGGCCGGUGCACUGGCAGCUGCCGUCGAUGCUCUCAUAGCUGGUGGCCAUUCCUUUUAGCUUUUACCCGGCACCACAAGGGAAUAUUAUCCUCGUCCCAACCCCCCGGGAAUAAGUCUCGAGCAGAACACGGCGUUUAUGUUGAUCGGUAUCCCUUGGCAACUAAAAUCAACGGUGAUGCAACCCUGGAAAUCCAUGAAGAAUCAUUGUUUUCGGCGGCUAACGGUGAUGGUCACGUCGGCCGAUGGAGGAAUUACGAGCCGAAGCAUCAUGCUGAACGAACAUAUAACCCUUCCGACCACCAAGAAGGCUUAUCACUUUUCAUUCCUGUCGUUUGCCCUAGAAAGCAAGCAGCCCUUUAGGUGAAUCAAACUCUGCUUGGCGUACCCCGGCUGAUAAUUUCCCCUAUUCACACUUUGCUCCUCAAUUCGUUAUGUUGUUUCCCUCGAUUGUGGCGGCCCUGGCGGCCCUAGCAAACCCGGUCCUCUCUCUUACCAUUCCCCAGGCGACUGGGUCGGAGCUUGAUGUUCAACUCAGUGCUAUUGGUAACACCCGCAUCAAGGCGGUUAUUACCAACAAGGCCGACCGUCAGUUGAAGUUGCUGAAAUAUAACAAUUUCUUCGACGACGGCCCAAUCCAGAAGGCUGGUGUCUUCAAGGACGGCCAACCCGUGAAAUUUGAAGGUAUGCUGCGGCGUGUCCUCAUGAAGAACCUCGAGCCGAGCCUUUUUGUUUCCCUCAGUCCUGGUCAGACUGUUGAAAGGGAAUUUGAUAUCGCCUCUACCGCUGAUCUAGCCAGUGGUGGCGCCUAUACUGUUUUCUCCCAGGGCGCCAUCCCAUUUGCGGAAGGCGAUGGAACCACGAUUGCUGGAGCUGUCGCUUUCAAGUCCAACAAACUUGACCUUGACAUUGACGGUGCCCUUGCCGCCACAGUCUCCAAGGCAAUCAAUCCGAUUAGUGCACGCACCAGAGUGGAGAGUGCUUGCAGAGGGGAACAAAGGGAGACUCUUUUGAAGGCACUCGAGUACUCUGCUCAGCUUUCAAGAGCUGCAGCGCAGGCCGCUCAGAAUAAUACCCGGAAGGUUGAGGAGUACUUCAUGAAGUCUGAUGCACAGACUGUUGAGACUAUUGUUGCCCGACUCAAUGCUGUUGCUCAGGAAUCAUCCUCAACCGAUAGCGGCGCGACCCGCUACUUCUGCAACGAUCGCGGUAAUCAGUGUACACCAAACACCAUUGCGUACACCCUCCCAUCUCUUAACGUCGUCGUCAACUGCCCAAUUUACUACGACCUGCCAGUAAUCAGCGAUGAAUGCCACGCGCAAGACCAGGCUACUACUUGCCUCCAUGAGUUCACCCACAACCCUGGUGUCUAUGAUCCUUACUGUCGGGAUCAUGCGUACGGAUACGACGGCAUCAGAAAACUUAGUCCUGAGCAGGCCCUCCUCAACGCAGACACGUAUUCCCUCUUUGCAAACGCUAUCUACGUCAACUGUUAAAACGCUGGCACGGUUUGGCUUUUGUUUCGAUUUGUAAAUAUGGUCCCAAGUAGAUCGGGAACAGACAGUGAACUCCUGACCUUUCGUUACAGGAAUUUCUCAAAUAUGUGUACAUAGUUGAACCGCUAAAUAAAGCAAGAUCUUACGAGGAUUUGUUUGUCACGUC